UGUAGUGUUUUUCUUUUGUUUUUGGUCCAAACUCAACUUUUCUUCAAAUUUCCUCUGCUUCACUCUCUAUGUCCCUCACUUAUUUUUUUCCUUCUCUUUGUUUUUCCAAAUUUCAGUACUUCAUUUCCAAGCUCUAAAUUCCAUAAUUUAUUACUAGAGUGAACCAAAAGCAGAUUUUGAGAUUUAAGCUGAGAAGCAAGCAUGGCUUUGGAGAACUUCUACAACCUUUUAUCUGAUGCAACAAAUUUUGAUUUGGCUUUGACAGAAGAACUAAGAAGCAUGUCUUGGACAACAUGGCAGCCAUUAUUCUCACCAUGCUUAUUGGAACACAUAAUUUUACCUCUAGAAUUUGGCUUCCUUGCAAUAUUCUUAGUCCAACUUCUAAGAAAAUGCAUGAACCAGAUCACCAUGCAAAACAAAGUCUCAGAAGUUCAUCCAAAUGCAACAAAAUUUGGCCUUGCUUACAAAAUCAGCUUAAUUUGCACCUCUAUAUUGUUGGCUAUUCAUGCCUUAAUGCUAUCAUUGAUGUUCAAUCAUGAGCCUCAGUGUAACUCUAAACUUGAAUCAUAUACAUCAGAGAUAGUUCAAGUGUUAUCAUGGACAAUUAGUCUUAUAGCAAUAUUCAAGAUGUCAAAAUCAAAUUCUCAUUUUCCUUGGGUUCUAAGAUCUUGGUGGAUUUUCACAUUCCUUUUGAGCAUUAUAAGCACACCAAUUCAUGUUCAUUUUAGUAUCAGAAACAAGGGUAUGAUUGGUAUAAAAGAAUAUGCAGAUUUCAUUGGUUUGAUUGCUUCAACAUGUCUUUUUGUUAUUUCAACAAGAGGGAAAACAGGAAUUGUUAUCAUCAUUGACACAAAUGGAACUAUAUCAGAACCACUUUUGGGAGAGAAAAAUGAGAAAAAACAACAUUGUGAGUUUUCAAAAGAAUCACCAUAUGGAAAAGCUACACUUUUUCAACUCAUUAACUUCUCAUGGCUCAAUCCAUUGUUUGCAGUAGGGUAUAGAAAACCUAUUCAAUUGGAUGAUAUACCUGAUCUUGACAUAAAGGACUCUGCUGAAUAUCUAAACUGUUCAUUUGAUGAGAGUCUUAGACAAGUUAAGGAGAAAGAUGGAACUUCAAAUCCAUCUAUCUACAAAGCAAUCUAUUUAUUUGCUAGGAAGAAAGCAGCAAUCAAUGCGCUUUUCGCGAUCAUAUGCGCUUCGGCUUCUUAUGUUGGUCCUUAUUUGAUCACUGACUUUGUGAACUUCCUUGCGGAGAAAGAUACCCGCGGAGUAAAGAGCGGAUACCUUUUGUCAUUAGGCUUCUUAUGUGCCAAAAUGGUCGAAACCAUAACUCAAAGGCAAUGGAUUUUCGGUGCUCGGCAAUUAGGCCUCCGCCUUAGAGCAGCAUUGAUAUCACAUAUUUAUAAGAAGGGCUUACAUUUGUCUAGCAGAUCGCGUCAGAGUCAUUCCGGUGGUGAGAUUAUGAACUAUAUGAGCGUCGAUGUGCAGCGAAUUACGGAUUUUGUUUGGUAUGUAAAUGUAAUAUGGAUGCUGCCAAUACAAAUUUCAUUAGCUGUUAUCAUUUUGCAUACAAAUCUUGGAUUAGGUUCAUUGGCUGCAUUAGCUGCUACACUAGCAGUUAUGGCAUUGAACAUACCUUUAACAAAUAUACAAAAAAGGUACCAAACAAAGAUCAUGGAUGCAAAAGACAACAGAAUGAAAGCAACUUCAGAAGUUCUAAGAAACAUGAGGACUUUGAAACUUCAAGCAUGGGAUAGUACAUUUUUCCAAAGGAUAGAAGCAUUGAGAAGUGUAGAAUAUAGUUGGUUAAUGAAGUCGUUAAGACAAGCAGCAUUUUCGGCUUUUAUCUUUUGGGGUUCACCUACAUUCAUUUCAGUGAUAACUUUUUGGGCAUGUAUGUUCAUGGGAAUUGAACUAACAGCCGGAAGGGUCUUAUCAGCGUUCGCGACGUUUCGAAUGUUGCAGGAUCCUAUUUUUAGUCUACCUGAUUUACUCAAUGUCAUUGCUCAAGGAAAAGUUUCGGUCGAUAGGAUCGCUUCUUUUCUUAAGAAGGAAGAAAUCCAACAUGAUGUCAUUGAAUAUGUUGCAAAGGAAAAAACCGAAUUUGACGUUGUUAUUGAGAAAGGAAGAUUCAGCUGGGAUCCUGAGGAAACAAGAAGUCCAACACUUGAUGAAAUUGAGUUGAAAGUUAAGAGAGGAAUGAAGGUGGCAAUUUGCGGUUCGGUUGGUUCGGGGAAAUCUAGUAUGCUCUCAGGGAUUUUGGGAGAAAUAUUUAAACAAUCAGGGAGUGUAAAGAUUAGUGGAACAAAGGCUUAUGUUCCACAAUCAGCAUGGAUACUUACUGGAAAUAUUAGAGACAAUAUAACUUUUGGAAAAGAGUUCAAUGAUGAAAAGUAUGAGAAAACUGUUGAAGCCUGUGCAUUGAAAAAGGACUUUGAGCUAUUCUCAUGUGGUGACAUGACAGAGAUUGGAGAAAGAGGGAUUAAUAUGAGUGGAGGACAGAAACAAAGAAUUCAGAUAGCUAGAGCUGUUUAUCAGGAUGCUGAUAUAUACCUUUUUGAUGAUCCUUUCAGUGCUGUGGAUGCUCAUACUGGCACUCACCUCUUUAAGGAAUGUCUUCUGGGGAUUCUCAAAGAGAAAACUAUAAUUUUUGUUACACACCAAGUUGAGUUUCUUCCAGCAGCAGACCUCAUAUUGGUGAUGCAAAAUGGAAGGAUAGCACAAGCUGGAACAUUUGAAGAACUUCUAAAGCAAAAUAUAGGAUUUGAAGUAUUAGUUGGUGCACAUAGCAAAGCACUAGAGUCAGUUCUUAUGGUUGGAAAUCCAAGUAGAACAAAUUUAAAUCCAAUACCUGAAGGGGAAUCAAUUACCUACUCAAACUCAAGUUCUGAACUUUUGCACACACAGCUUGACACAGUGCAAGAUAACCAUCCUUCAGAUAGCAAAGGAAAUGAUGGAAAAUUGGUUCAAGAAGAAGAAAGAGAAACAGGAAGCAUAUCAAAAGAAGUUUACUGGUCUUAUUUGACAACUGUUAAAGGAGGACUUCUUGUUCCAAUCAUAAUAUUGGCACAAUCUUCAUUCCAAAUACUUCAGAUUGCAAGUAACUAUUGGAUGGCUUGGGUUUGUCCUACAAAAGCUGAUGCUAAGCCUAUAUUUGAUAUGAAUUUCAUACUUCUUAUUUAUAUGCUACUGUCUGUUGCUGGUUCACUUUGUGUUCUGCUGAGAGCCAUGUUGGUGUUAAAUGUUGGACUUUGGACAGCACAGAGUUUUUUCACAAGAAUGUUGCAUAAUGUGCAAAGAGCCCCCAUGUCAUUUUUUGAUUCAACCCCAACUGGAAGAAUCUUGAACAGGGCCUCCACAGAUCAAAGUGUGCUAGACAUGGAAAUGGCAAACAAAAUAGGAUGGUGUGCUUUCUCAGUAAUACAAAUUCUAGGCACUAUUGCAGUGAUGUGUCAGGCAGCAUGGCAAGUAUUUCUCAUCUUCAUUCCAGUAACUGGAGUCUGCAUAUGGUACCAACGAUAUUAUAAUCCAACAGCAAGAGAACUGGCUCGCUUAGCACAGAUACAAAUUACUCCAAUUCUCCACCAUUUUUCAGAAUCUUUAGCAGGAGCUGCAUCAAUACGAGCUUUUGAUCAAGAAGGCCGUUUCAUGCGCACAAAUCUUGUCCUUUUGGAUGGCUUCUCAAGACCAUGGUUUCAUAAUGUGUCUGCAAUGGAAUGGCUUUCUUACAGAUUGAAUUUGCUUUCAAAUUUUGUUUUUGCCUUUUCACUGGUCUUGCUAGUGAGCCUCCCUGAAGGAUUCAUCAAUCCAAGCAUUGCAGGGUUGGCAGUAACAUAUGGAAUCAAUCUUAAUGUCUUGCAAGCUUCAGUUAUAUGGAACAUUUGCAAUGCAGAAAACAAAAUGAUAUCAGUUGAAAGAAUUCUUCAAUAUACAAAUAUAGCAAGUGAAUCACCUCUUGUGAUUGAAGGCAGUCGUCCGCCAAGAAACUGGCCAGAAACUGGAACAAUAUGUUUCCAAAAUUUGCAGAUACGUUACGCUGAACAUCUUCCAUCUGUGUUGAAAAAUAUUACUUGCACAUUUCCUGGAAGAAAGAAAAUCGGUGUUGUAGGACGAACUGGCAGUGGAAAAUCAACCCUCAUACAGGCAAUUUUCAGGGUUGUUGAACCAAGAGAGGGAUGCAUUAUGAUUGACAACGUGGACAUAUGUGAGAUAGGUCUACAUGACUUAAGGGCAAGGCUCAGCAUUAUACCACAGGAUCCAGCCUUGUUUGAGGGCACAGUUAGAGCAAACCUGGAUCCUCUGGAGCAAUACUCUGACAUUGAAGUGUGGGAGGCUCUAGAUAAAUGUCAGCUAGGUCACCUAGUGAGGGCCAAAGAAGAGAAGUUGGACUCCCCAGUGGUUGAAAAUGGUGAUAACUGGAGUGCUGGACAAAGACAACUAUUUUGCCUUGGAAGAGCCUUGUUGAAGAAAAGUAGCAUAUUAGUACUAGAUGAAGCAACGGCCUCUGUGGAUUCUGCAACUGAUGGGGUGAUACAGGAUAUCAUCUGUCAAGAGUUCAAAGAUCGAACAGUUGUGACAAUAGCUCAUCGAAUCCACACAGUUAUUGAUAGCGACUUGGUAUUGGUUCUCAGUGAUGGGAGAAUUGCAGAAUAUGAUGAACCAUCAAAGUUACUUGAAAGAGAAGAUUCCUUCUUCUACAAACUUAUAAAGGAGUACUCUAGCAGAUCCCAUAGUUUCAACAGCUUGGCAACUCAACAUGUCCAAGACAGGGAAUAAUUGACAUUCCAAGACUUUAUGGAUAGUUACUGGAGUCACAGAUAGUUACUUAAUUGAUGGGACAAGAAGGCUCCAAACUGUUUCAGUCACAGCUUCAAUAAAACCACCUUGGAAUUCGAUACAUAUAAAGAAAGAAGUACCUUCUUGGUCCCAUCCAUGUGAGGAUAGCAGUGCAAAAUGGGAAAUCAUCCAGAGGCUCUUUAUUUGAUAGAUCAUAUUUGAGGAGACAUGGGCUCCAAUUUUGAGCAGGAAAGAGCAAAUUGAGAUGAGAUUGUAAAUAGGGAUGUCUAGUUUCUUGUCUAGUAAUGAACUGUUAUAAGCAGUUCCUGUAAUGUGUUAAGAAACUGUACUCUUAAGAGUAUUUCAUUUUCAGUUGGAGCUCUUAUAUGUCCGUUCAAAAAGUAAAACCAAAAAACACUAGUCUGAUUUUUAGAUUGAUCUUAUUGUAAAUUAGCUCUUGCCUCAUUUUUGCCUUCAAAACUCAGCUUAAAAUAAAAGGAAGGGGAGGUUUUGGUUUUCCAAACUUCA